AUGUCGUCCAACAACACCUCGGCCAGUGUCUCCAUCGAUAAGUUCGAUGGGGACAACUACUCAACCUGGUGUCGCUACAUGCGCGGCGUGUUUCUGACGAAGUCAGUCUGGUACGUCGUGAACCGCGAAACGUCUCCAACCUUCACCGACACGCGAGCUUCCGACGAGUACGUCAGGUCGAGCAACAUCGCGUUUGGACUGAUGUUGCUCCACAUGGACGCCGACUACCGCCAUGUGGUCGACAACUGUGAAGAAGCAUGGACAGCGUGGUCGCGGUUGAAGAUGCUCUAUGGUGGGUCGCAGAAGGCGGGACGCAUCUACCUCAAGCGCCAGCUGUUCAGCAUCAAGAUGGUGGAAGGUGCCAACGUCUUGCACCAUUGCAACGAAGUCCUGAACAUCGGCGCCAAGCUCAGCAGCAUCGGUGCCAAGAUGGAAGACGAAGACAUUGCGAUCUGCUUGCUGCUCAGUCUCCCGAAGAGUUUCGAGAACGUGGUUCUGAACUUGGAGAUGAGCAAUGCAGAGCUGCGCACGCAAGAUGUGGUCAAGGUGCUGACUAACGAGCACAUCAAGCGACAAGGCGAGAAGAUGACGACGGCAACGACAACGGUGAAGACUGAAGAUGCGACAAAGGCAUUCAGUACCGAGCGCAAGCCCUACCAAUGCACAUACUGCGGCAAGGUGGGGGCACACGGCAGAGCGUUGCUGGACGAAGCAAAAGGAUGA